GCUGUCCAGGGUGCAACAGCGGAUUCUGUUGCUACCAGGAAAAAGGAUGAAAAUGAAGUCCCACAAGAUUGGAAGAUUAAAAUGCUGUAUGAUGGAGAUUGCCCUCUCUGCAUGCAUGAGGUUAACAUGCUAAGACAGAGGAAUAAGGGGUAUGGUACUAUAAAAUUUGUCAACAUAAGCUCAGAUGACUACUCUCCUGAGGAGAAUCAAGGCCUGGAUUUUAAAACUGCGAUGGGGAGAAUCCAUGCUAUUCUUUCUGAUGGAACAGUAGUCACAGAUGUAGAGGCAUUUAGAAGAUUAUAUGAACAAGUUGGUCUCGGAUGGGUUUAUGCCAUUACUAAAUAUGAACCAAUCACAACAAUAGCUGAUGUCAUAUAUGGUGUUUGGGCUAAAUAUCGUCUUCAAAUUACAGGAUGUCAGGACCUUCAGGCUAUCGGACAGAUGCAUGGGAACCCUUUUUCCUUGAUUACAAUUUCUUUCUGGCAUCUUGUGUAACUUUCCUGCAGUAUUGAAAAAAAAUGAUUUGGGGAUACAAGCUGCUGCCAAACCUGAUACUAACAAUACCCCAUAUUUCUCUCCCAUUAGUCUUAAGAUUAUUUAUUUGAUACUAAUGGCCAAUUUUGGUUUCAGGUCGACCAGAUUUAGAAGAGAUUCUAAAAACGCGAA